CAAGGUGCUCUCUGUUCCACUCUUCUUAGCUGUUUCUCUUCCACUCAGUUCUCGAUCGCUCUCUCUAUUCCGCGUGAUAAAAAAAAGCGAGCCUGCUGCUGGCUGAUGCGAGUGGGCUUGUGUGGUGAGUGCGAGGGAGUGAGUGCGAGGAGAAGAGUUUUAGAGUCAGACAGUCGUAUCGGUUUUGUGUAUUCUCUAUCCCGGGAACAGAACGUAGCAUAGCGUUGCCGUAAAGGCGUGCUUGUUCUCAGUUUAGCUAAACUACAUCGUCCAUUGUGUUAUCCUUGUUGCGUGUAAUGGCCGCCAACGGGUUUGUUGACGCCGCUACUCUUUGCGUUCUACAACAGCUCGUUGUUGCUCGAUGAUGUCGCGCAUCGAGCGCCUCUGAGAAGGAUCGAUUGAGACACUUGAUCGGCUAAACAUUGUGAUAACUUUUUUUUUUUCGCGCCCCCCUCGAGUGUGUGACCACGACGCCUGACCUGGACUCUACCAUAUAUACCUACAUAUAGAUAUAUAUAUAUAUAUAUAUGCAUAUUUAUUUCAUACGUAUAUAAUAUAUUAUAUAUCUAUAUAAUUAUAUACCAGAGUUUUUUUUUCUAUGCCGUCAAGACUCGUUCCCGAAAAGUGAAGCACCAGGAGUCAGGAGUCGAGAGACAAGACUGGAGCCCUACUACUUGGUCGACAUGAACUCUGAGAGCUGCCAACGCUCUGUUCUGACAACUGUGUCGCCCUGACGGAUCACAUCAGAAGAUAAUAAUCAUCACCACGAGGAAUAUAUUUUGUUAGUUAACGAGAAGAAACCCGAAAGUCUGAAUAAUUACCGGAGUUUUAAACCAUUGACCUUUGGCCACCGCGUCCUUCUUUCUCUGACCUCUUUUUUUCGUUUAACCCUUCUGCUCCGUUACGAGCCAGAGCUGUUUUACGACCGGUAGUUGUAAAUAUUUUAAAUAUUUAAAUAAGUUAAGUUAAGACGAUAGUACAGUGGAUUCUACUGCUAGAUCAGUUUAAAAUAAUUAUUUGUUUGAUAUAAAUAUUUGGAUAAUUGUUAAACAUCUCCCGCGCACUUGCCGCUGCCGUUAUGGCAACUCGCCGAUCAUCCGGGUGCAUUAAACUGGACGCUGAAGUAGUGUAGUGACAAUAAAAACAGUAGCAGUUGAAAGUAUCCUCCAGUAUCAAGCGGCAUCACGCAUCAGAUUAUAUCUUGAUUUGUUAUAACGGAUGUCCAUUGAUUGCGCAGGGUCAUAAGCAGCGCAUCAAUGGCCCUAGAGUCAAAUGGUAACAACGUGGUAUGGUUGAGUACAACCCAUCCUGAUCAAAUACAGCAGCACAUUGUUAUCAAAGACGAGACACUGCAAAUUGAUGAUAGCGAAGAUCAACACCAGCAGCAUCGGUUUCAACGUGAUUUGAUUAAAAUACCAAAUCAAUCGAGUCAACAGGUUGAGCAACCAGUCAAGUGUUCCAUGUUUACUCAAACGGAGCAGACCAAUAGUUUUACUCAGACAGAACAAAGUAACUCUAGUUAUACGGACCAACGUCAGCCUCAACUAGCAAACAUGUUUGAUCCACAACAAAUCCAGCAGCAGCAAGCUGCUCAGAGUCAGCAGUCACAGCAGCAGCAGACGCAGCAGAUGUACGUCACGGAGAAGAAAGAAGACAAAUCUCAGCAGCAGACAACAACAGCUGACUUUCCGUAUUUUUACAAUGUCAAUAUGGUGCAGAAACUACAGGCCAAUGCGGUUAGCACUAUAAGUGCAAUAACCACCGACGAUAAAGGCUGCUAUCGUUUUGACGUCCAGCCAGCCGCUGGUUACAAUUCACUUCUAAAUCAAAUGAGUAUAGCCGCUGCUGCAACCAAUGCCAUUUUUAAAUGUGAUUUGUGUGGACUCGUUUUUGGGCAUAUGAGUCUGCUUACUAGCCACAAGAGGAUCCACAAUACAACACCAAGUAGUCUUCAGCAACCACAGCAAGUUGUAGUCCAGACUCCUACUACUGUCACGGUUGCUACCACACCUGAGCGCCCUUACACUUGUGAUGUAUGCGGCGCUUGUUUUGCGUUACCUGGUGAAUUAAAAAGCCACAAAACGAACAUGCAUCAGAAACCCAAGGUACAGGCAUGUGAAGAAUGUGGGAGUGAAGAUCCUUGUGAGCAUAAUCCUACUAAAGUUAAAAAGACAAUCAAACCUGGACAUCAUCCUGUCAAACGACGAGGAGUGACCAGUGUUACCAAGUGCCACAAAUGCAACGGAACGGGAAUUAUUUUUAUCGGUAAAGAUGAAGAAAAACUUGAUUCUGGAAUCAGUUCUCUUGCGAAGUGUGGCGUCUGCAAGGCAACAGGCCACAUCACCAUCGGAAGCGGCAAGCAAAAUCAGAACCAGCCGGAGAAGCCAUUUCAUUGUAAUGUUUGCGAUGGAACAUUUUCACGCUAUUCGUCGCUUUGGUCCCACAAGAGACUUCAUUCUGGAGACAAGCCAUUUAAAUGCGAAGUCUGUAAUCUUGCCUUUGCUAAGGCGGCAUAUUUGAAAAAUCAUGGACGUGUUCAUACCGGCGAAAAGCCAUUUAAGUGUAGCGUAUGUGCUAUGCAAUUUUCUCAGAGUCCUCACUUGAAGAAUCAUGAGAGAAUUCAUUCGGGCGAGCGUCCGUAUCAGUGUGAAGUGUGUGAAAAAACAUUUGCAAGACACUCAACACUCUGGAACCAUCGGAGAAUUCAUACUGGCGAAAAACCGUAUCGCUGUAAUACGUGUGGUUCAGCUUUCAAUCAGGCGACGCACUUGAAAAAUCACGCAAAGGUUCACACUGGAGAAAAACCUCACAGAUGUGAUAUUUGUGAGAUUGGAUUUUCUGAUCGUUUUGCUUUGAAACGUCAUCGGGCCAUUCACGAAAAGUACGGGCAGACCGCACGAAAUCAGAACGCUAACAGUGCAAGUAAUACGCAACAGCCAAACACGAGUAAUCAGCAGCAACAGCAGCAGCAACAGCAGCAGCAGCAACAACAGCAACAACAACAGCAGCAGCAGCAGCAACAACAGCAGCAGCAGCAGCCCCAACAAGCUCAACAGGGGCAACAAGUUGUUGUGGUGAAUGCCACCACGCCAUUGACUAUUAGUCAAGGCCAGGGACAGACAGUAAUGCUUGAUGAAGUUUACAAAUGUCAAGUGGCCUUCCCGGAGCCUAAAUAAUUUGAUACUUGAAGGACUCCUGCUAAAAUUUGUGCUGAGCCGAAUGAGGUUAUUGCUUCUUCAUAUAAUUUUAAUACAGUAUAAUUAAAAAAAAUUAACAAGUGAAAUAAUAAUAAAUUAAAAUGUUUUAUCAUUGUCAUUAAUCAGAGGUGUAUGUGCAGCGCAUUUUUAUAUGAACAAUUUACAAUAGCGAUGCCGUUCAUCUUGGGAAAUAAAUAAUAAAUAAAUAAAAUAAAAUAUUUUAAUUAAUUGAUAAGACAUAAGCCAAUCGACGUUGUAAGCUUUAUAAAUAUUAAUAAUAAUAAUUAAUAAUUAAUUAUUAAUAAAUAAUAUGAAAGAAUUGUACGUGAUAGGUCGUGGUUACGGUGACUUGGAUAGCAUGAGCCGAAUAAUUUUUUUUUCUUGAGUGCAUAAUACAUAUUUUUUUUUUCAUUUAUUAUUUAUUAAAUAGAUUUGAUAAAUUAAUUUUUCAUUAGAUUAAGAAGUUGAUGAAAAAAUAAUUGAAAAUAAAAAAAUAAUAAAAAUUAUGUGAGCAAAUCGAUUACUAAUUUUGAACUACACAAAUAAUUUACGAGGCUCACAUCCGUCCAGUCAUCCGUGAUUGUAAACUAGCGUUGUAACAUUUUAGUUACAAAAAAUAUUUAAAAAAACAAGUAAAGUAGAAAAAAUAUGAAUUUAAAUGGUGAAUUUAAUAGCAAGUUAAAAGCUGCAAUAACAAUGAUGCGAGUAAUCGAUUGGCGGACAUCUGUUUUAUAAUUUUAAGAUCAAAUACUAUAUUAAAAAAAUGAAAAAACAAAAAAAAAAAAAAAAAAAAUAUCAGUUAUAUUAAAACUACUUUAAUGAUAGUUUCUAAUAGAUAAUAGAUAAUUAGGAUAACUAUACAUACAUAUAACUUUAAUUAUUAAUUAUUUUUGUCUCGUUGAAUUUAUUUGUAAUGAGUUACGUUUAAUUAACAUAAGAUGCUAAUGGCAUUUUUUUCCGGUUUUUUUUUUUCUAACAAAAUCAAAGUAUGUCUUCAGAAUAUUUUUAAUAAUAUACAUAAACAAUACGUGGGAGAUAAUUGUGCAGCUUUUUUUUUCAUGAUAAUAAAUUUCGAGCCGGACUAACUGGAAAAAAAAGUUAUAAAUUUUUUUAAUUAAUAUUAAAUAUAAUUAAUAAUAAAAAUAAAAAAAUGGUUCAAUGAUUAUACGCUUUUGUACGGAUUUUUUAAUGAUUCGUGACUGGACAGGGUGUGGUGGUCAUGAGGUUUCAUAAAUAAAAAAAAAAAAAGUAAUAAGAAACACCAGAAUGCACCUGUUCUUAAAUAAUAUAACUCUUGUAACUUUGCUCGUUUCAUUAAUAACACUUGAUGUACUCGCUUAAUUAUUUUAUUUUAAAUUCAUGAACAUAUAAAAAAAAAAUUAAUAUUUUUAGAUUAUCUGUUGAUUUGUAAAUUUUAAAGAAGAAAAAUUAAUUACACUUUAUGUCAAUCCUUUUACUACGUAUGGUAAAACCUGCUACAGUAUUUCGGUUUAGAUUAGAUAGAUUUUAUUAUAAUUGAUUAAUUAACUAAUCAUUAAUUAUUAUACUAUUAUUAUUAUUAGUAUUUUCUAGAUUUAUCUUUGUCUUUAUUAUAGAUAUAUUUGAAUAAUUGAAAGAAUUAUUACAAUUUUGGUGAGCACCUGAAGCAGCAAAGUGGAGUUUACGAGGCUGAGAAAGGGCGCAUUCUUAGUUGUUAUGAUUAAUUAUAUAAAUACUGUAAUUUCAUUUUUAAUUAUUAAAUUGAACAAAAAAAUAAAAUUUUAAAAUGAACAAAUAAUUAGUCACAUUUAUGUAUUAUUACGUAAUCGGUAGGUUGAAGAUUUAUAUUAUUAAUUUAAUUAAUAAUUAUUUCAGCAAUAAAAUUUUUUUUUUAAUUUUAUUAUGAUACGGAAGUAUACUUUUUUUUAAAUGUGCAUAUUUUUAAUUUUUCGUCAUUGAUUUGUCGAAAAAACAAUCCGAUAAUUGUUAAUUGUCUACUAAUUUGAAGAACAUUAUUUUAUUUAAGGGGGGAAAGGGUCUGAGAAAAAAAAAAAGGAUAUUGUGAUUUUUUUUUUCAGAGUAACUUCUUUAUUAAAAUUUUCAAAAUUUGUGACAUUAUUAAGCAUCAUUUCAAGAAUAUUCUGCUAAAUUUUCGGAAAAAAAUAUUAAAAAAUAAGCCAGUGGCAGUGGGGAGAGACGAGUCACCUUAAAAAUUCUCCAUGCCGUAGGCAAGAUAACUCAUGACUGCUUCACCUGAAAUCAAACAACCAAAAAGAUUUCAUUAGUACAUAAGUUUAUCUUGGAUUUGAACGAAGGAAUAAACAAAAUAUUCAUUUUUGAAUUUUUGGUAAAGGUUCAAUAAAAAAACUCUGAUUUUUCCCAAAAAUUGCUCCUUUUGUUUACCUAAAAAAUAAGUAUUUAUUGAAAAAAAAAUUCUUCGUUCAAAUCUAACAUAAACUUAUGUACUAAAGAAAACUUUUUGGUUUUUUGAUUUCAGAUGAGGCAGUCAUGCCUGCGGCACGGAGACUUUUUCGAGGUGACGUCUCUCCCCACUACCACUGGCUUAUUUUUCAAUAUUUUUUUCCGAAAAUGUAGCAGAAUAUUCUUGGAGUGAUGCUUAAUAAUGUCACAAAUUUUGAGAAUUUUAAUAAAGAAGGUACUCUGAAAAAAAAA